AUGCAGGCAGAAAUAGGGAAUAAAUGGGCAAGAAUUGCUACAUAUUUACCAGGAAGAACAGAUAAUGACGUCAAGAAUUUUUGGAGUAGCAGGCAAAAAAGAUUAGCAAGGCUUUUGGUGUCUGAAAAUAAUCCGCGUACUAAAAAGCACAAAUCUUCUGCUAUUGAUACUGCUAAUUCUUCUCAGGUGCCCAAGAAUUGUUCAACGGUGGGAGAAACAUCCACAAAUGUUCAAUCUCAAAUCAUAUCAUAUCCAGGUUCAACAGACAACAAUUAUCCAUCUAUUGAACCCAACAAUGUUACUGAUUGCCUCCAACCAAUUCCCUUAAACCAGGAGUACGCCGAUACUAAUUACCUAAACUUGUUUUUAUCAGAAGAAGAAAUAUGUUUCCCUUCCAUUCCCUACAACCAAACAGAUCUUAUGUUUGUCCCAGAAACACAGGAAAUCAUAGAUAGUCUUGAUUACAGCUUUUUUUACCCCUUUGAAUCCUCAUAUAGACCAACAGCAUUUGUUAAUGAUGGGACCCACUUUCCCCCAUGUUCUUAUGGAGGUGACCUAAGUGGUGAAACAACAACAGCAAGUUUGAAGACUGAUAAUCUUGGUAUUACAAAUUGCUUAUGGGAUGACUUCCCAUCAGACAUGUUUGAUCAUCAGUUCAUAUAG